AUGUCUCGAGUCAGACAGCGUGGGAUUCUUACAGAACCCAUACGGCCCAGCGUAAGAAGAUUGACUCUCAGAGAAAAUCUCUCGUUUAACGUAGUUCCAAAUGCCUCUGAGUGGAAUGAAUACAAAAAUGAGUACAUCGCCAGGAUUUCCAUUCCGCUGCCAAAGAAUAAAGAAAAUGAACCCGUAAGACCUCAGAAAAGAAUAAGGAAGAAGAAGAAUUUCUCUCCUCCGCCAUCCCAGGAUAACGAAGAAGAGAAGAAUAAGAGAAGAAGCAACAGGUCGAGAAUGGCACCCAAGGUGUUUGAAGAUUUGACUAAUCUUCCGGAAGAAAAGCCUGCUGUCAUAGCCUACAACAAUUCCAAUACCCCCAAGUACUGGGGAAUGUUCUACAAUGUCCAGGUGGGAGACAAAAUACGGAGACAGUGCAAGUUCUGCCCCUUACGGUAUAACGAUCUUAAGGGGUUCAAUCGACAUUACCAGAAUUUCCAUCUAGGAGGCAAAGGCGAUUCCAAUAGGACCGAAUCUACUGGUAAAGUAGCCGCUUCUGAAACGUGA